UGCAAUCAGUUAUCUGGGACGUUCUCCCUUGGAGAGUCUUGUUGCUCAGCAAGCCACUGUUGGGAUGAAGCUUUAUGGCCUUGGAGUCCUGGUAGCCAUCCUUCUCUGUGAGCAGCAUGGCCUGGCCUUUCAGAGCGGCCAGGUUUUAUCUGCUCUUCCCAGAACCUCCAGGCAAGUUCAAGUUCUUCAGAAUCUUACAGCAACCUAUGAGGUCGUUCUCUGGCAGCCAGUGACAGCUGAAUUCAUCGAAAAGAAAAAGGACGUCCAUUUUUUUGUGAAUGCAUCUGACGUCAACAGCGUUAAAGCCCAUUUGAAUGUGAGCAGGAUUCCAUUUAGCGUCCUGAUGAAAGAUGUGGAGGAUCUAAUCCGGCAGCAGAUUUCCAACGACACAGUCAGCCCCCGGGCCUCCUCAUCUUACUACGAACAGUAUCACUCGCUGGGUGAGAUCUAUUCCUGGAUAGACGUUAUAACUGAACGGUAUCCUGACAUGCUCCAGAAAAUCUACAUUGGCUCAUCAUAUGAAAAGCACCCACUUUAUGUUUUAAAGGUUUCAGGAAGGAUGCCAAGAGCAAAAAAUGCCAUAUGGAUUGACUGUGGAAUCCAUGCGAGAGAGUGGAUCUCACCUGCUUUCUGCCUGUGGUUCAUAGGCUAUGUAACCCAGUUCUACGGGAAGGAAAAGCUGUAUACCAGUAUUCUGAGGCACGUGGAUUUCUACAUUAUGCCAGUGAUGAACGUGGACGGCUAUGACUACACAUGGAAAACGAACCGAAUGUGGAGAAAGAACCGUUCUGUCCACAAGAACAACCAAUGUGUGGGCACAGACCUGAACAGGAACUUCGCUUCCAAACACUGGUGUGAGGAAGGAGCCUCAAGCUUCUCCUGCUCGGAAACCUACUGCGGACUUCAUCCCGAGUCGGAGCCGGAGGUGAAGGCGGUAGCUGACUUCCUGAGAAGGAAUAUCAACCACAUCAAAGCUUACAUCAGCAUGCACUCUUACUCCCAACAAAUACUGUUUCCCUACUCCUAUAACAGAAGCAGAAGCAGGGACCAUGAGGAGCUGUCUCUAGUAGCCAGCGAAGCAGCUCACGCCAUUGAAAGUAUUAAUAGAAACACCAGGUAUACGUACGGCAGUGGCUCAGAAAGUCUAUACCUAGCUCCUGGAGGUUCUGAUGAUUGGAUCUAUGAUUUGGGCAUCAAAUACUCAUUUACUAUUGAACUUCGAGAUAAAGGCAGAUAUGGAUUCUUGCUGCCUGAGAGAUACAUCAAACCCACUUGUGCAGAAGCUCUGGCAGCAGUCUCCAAAAUAGCUUGGCAUGUCAUCAGGAACGUUUAAUGUCCUUGCCUCUGCUCUGCGUGGUUUUAUUUUAUAUCAAAUUAUUGAACUAGCUUCUCAGUUUAAACAGGUUCCUUUGUUUUGUCAAAGAAUAAAAAUACAUAGCACUUUGAUCUUAA